GAAGCGCCCGCCCUCCCUCAUUCACAUGCUCAUCAUGGAGGAAUAACAGGUACCUGCCGUACAGAGAGAGGAGGACAGGCAUAUUCCCAUUCCCAGCGACAUCUUGAAACGUGGUUAGAUCACCCUCGAAUGUGAGUUAUACUGUUGUAGGAAAGCAGAUAAUCGCGAUGAAGCAUUUUCUAAGGGUACUGACCCAGUUCCUGGUGUUCCUGUACUGUAAGUGUUUGUGGCGGGGCCUAAAGUUUGUCAUCCGGAAGGUGACGGGACGAUGUGAGCUUCAACGCAUUUGUUACAAUAACAAACCUGGCGCUCGAAGGACACUCAAGAUUGAAUCCUCACUCCGAUGCUCUAAACAUGAGCUCUUGCAGUCUGCCAUCAGCGUUCAUCCAGAUUCUGUGGAAAAGUCUAUCGAUGACAUUAUGGCCCUGAAAAAGAUUAACCUCGACACCAACCCACAGCUUGGCAUUUCUCUCCAGGCUUGCCUUCUUCAGAUUGUUGGUUACCGAAACCUAGUAGUGGAGGUGGAGAAGCUGCGCAGAGAGCCGUAUGACUGUGAAAACCCAGCACACGAGGAGAUGCUCAUGAAGCUGUGGAAGGAACUCCGUCCCGAUUCUCCUCUCUCUGGACGCAUCUCAAAGCAGUGGUGUGAGAUUGGUUUUCAAGGAAACGACCCCAAGACUGAUUUCAGGGGCAUGGGUCUCCUGGGCCUACACAACCUGCUGUAUUUUGCAGAGCACGACAAAGCCACUGCUCUUCAAGUUCUUCAUGACUCCUUGCAGCCCAAACACAGGGACGUUUCCAAAGAAGAAGCCAGCAAAAUGAGCAAAGCUGAAUGGGAAAAGAAGAAAUUCGACAAAGCGAUCGGAUACUCUUUUGCUAUAGUUGGCAUAAACAUCACAGAUCUGGCCUAUUCCCUGCUGGUGAGCGGAGCUCUGAAGACUCAUCUGUAUAAUGUGGCACCAGAGAUGCCAAGCCUAGUGCACUUCCAACAGACCUUCUGUUAUCUGAUGCAGGAGUUUCACAGGUUUUGGAUGGAGGAAGACCCAUGUGACAUCAUGGAGUUCAAUCGUGUGCGCACCAAGUUCUACAAGCGCGUCCUGAAGCAGCUGAAGAACCCUGACAUGGCACUGUGCCCUCACUUCACUGCCUCUGACCUUCACCUGGUCAACCUGUAGCUUCUCAUUCAUCCAUCCAUAAAAAACCCAUGUCUCAUUCACCACACAUCCUCACUCCAGCGUCUCCUGAAGAUCACCAGCACUGAUGCUCGAGACCAUGUUGAUUGUACGUGCGCAUGGCAAAAGUGCACCAUCUUUCACAGCGAUUGUGAUAUUUACAGCUACUGUACGCUGAAGUGUCCAUCAGCAUCUGAAUGUGGACCCGAGGGCUCCCUAUCCACCAGUAGGUAGAGCUGUCGGUACACAUUAGGCUUCAGGCACAGAGAGUUUGUACUGCACUGAUACCAGGCACACCUAGAAACAGGUGGUCCAUCUUUGUAUACAGUAUCAUGUACUUUCAGAGCUGUUAUAUAAAGGAUAAUCUUUAGUCCUUGUGAAUCUGUUAAAGGAAUAUUCAAGAUUCAGUCAAAGUUAAAGGGGUAGUUCACCCAAAACUGAAAACCUUUAGGAGUUUCUUUAUUCACAACACAAAAGAAGAUAUUUUUAAAUUGUAUGUGCAUUUUGUAAUAUCGCAUACAUAAUGCUUAAUGGAAAUGCCAAGAUGCGCAUGCAGUUUGAAAAUUUGCAUAAAAAUGUAUGUGCACAACUGACUAGGAUAAAGGUUUUAUUUGAUAAAACAAAAUGCAUUGUAUUAUGAUGUGCAUAAAUUACGAUGGAACACAUUUAAUGAAUAAUAUCCAUCAGUCGCAUCAAAAAAUGUCAUUUGAUUUUGUUUUAACAGAAAAAUAAGCUCGAUGGGACGCAUUAAUGUAAAAACUAGCAGACCGACCACAUUGCAUAACAUCUAAAAUGUUGUUUUGGUCGUUAGAAAAAUCCCUCAGCCAAAGUCUGUCAUCAAAGUGGUUAAAUAUUAUUACCUUCAGAACUGUCUUGGGUGUUUGUGCCUACAAAAUCUACUGUUCUUUAGGUUGUUUUUCGUCUUGACCUUUCGAGUCGCAAGUUAUUUAAUAUGUAUGAAAAAGUCCUACAGUGGCUUCUCUUAGUAAAGUUUUAUAAACAAAUUUCGAGAGGAGCACGUCAUAUGAUUGAUCGCGGCUGGUCUCUUAUUUGCAAUCAUUGAUAAACCAAUCAGAUUAAUCCUAAUCUACAAUAAAUAGCCCAUUUAACCCUCCUUCCCUUCGUUUUUGAAGAAUCGCACUGUUGACCCCAUCUCCCAAGUGUGAACUCUUGAAAUGCAGCAAAUUCCAGUUUCUUUUUUAUAUUUGGUGCCAAAUUAUCAGGAAGCUACAAUAUUAUUGUCUUUGACUCGAUGAGUUGAAUCUUUGCAAAUCUUAUUCGCAAUUUUUUAUGUGCUAUCCUAGUUUUGGGCAUUAGUUUAUUUUGCAUUUAGAAACCUAGCUAUUGACAACCAUUGUAGGAAAAACAAACACUGUGGAAGUUAAUGGUUACAGUUUUCCAGCUUUCCUAAAAAUAUCUUCAUUCGUGUAAAAACAGAAAAAAGAGAGAAUAACAGGUUUGUAACAGCAUAAAGGGUGAGUAAACAGAAUGUUCAGUUUUGGGUGAACUGUCCCUUAAAAAAACAACUGUAAAAUAACUUCGCAGCCUGCUUUGCUCAUAUUUACCAAGGGUGCCAAUAUUAGUGGAGAGCGCAGUAGACAUGCCAUGAUGGUAUACACUUAGAAAUGGGAGAAACUAUUGCGCAACAUGAUACCAUAUGCCCUGCCUUCUAAAUAGAAUAAAGAGCCAAUCAUCGAUUGGUGAAGUGAUUGUGUCACUUCUGCUGCCAAUGGGAGCUUUGGUUCAAAAAGAAUCCUGAGAUUUGCGUUUAGGGUUAUGCACACUGGCUAGACCAAGUUGGUCUGAGCCAUUUGAGCAUAACAAACAAUUAAGGCAGUUCGUGCCAGAUUUUAUAGCCAAUUUUAUAAGAUCAGAUGUGUAAUUGUAAUUUUGUCAAGUAGUUACUGGGAUUUCACUAGUCCUCCUGUUGUAAUAGGGGGCUUGGGCUUGUAUGACUGUAAUCAAGUGCAUUAGUAUCAUAUACUUUUUCAGCAUCUCUGCUUCUGGAGGUAUUUUUCCUGUUCGUUUUUGCCCAUAUGGAUUUUAGAAUGCAUGUUUUAGAAUGUUAAAACCAGCCAGCUACAAGGUGAUUCACUACAGACGUUUUUGAAAGCCUGACAGAAAAAGACUAAAGUAAGACUUUAAUAUUAUUGCGAAGGACACAAUCAAAUAAUCAACAGAUAAAUAUAAAACUAUUGAUUUAAAGUUGUUGGUUGUAUCUAUAGAAGCAGUGUAUUUUGCAAUAUACAAAUAUUAUGGAGACAGUUAUGGGCUGUAUAGGAAGAGCAGAGCUAAAGUUUAAAAUACAUAUCUAUAUUUUUUCACGCACCUCUGAUUUUGAAAUUGAAAACUUUUCAACUCUCUGAUUGGUCGAAUUUUCAAUGGCAUUAUGGGUAAUGAGGUUUUGUCCCCUGUGAUUGUCUGAAUUGAUUUAAAAAUAAUAUGAAUGAGCUCAAAGUUAUUGAGAAAACGAAUGAGUUUUUACUUACUGAACCCAACCUGCUGCAUUAUGCAAUUGACAGAUGCUGUCAAUGGUGUCUAAUUUGCAUUGAACCUGGAAUAAUCCUUUGAACAGAAAUGAUUUCCGCUUGCUGUAUUUACAUUUCAUUCACCAUUCUCAUCACCCUCAAUCCCAUUCAGUCAAUUACUAUUACGUGUUGCCAAGAAGCAGAGCUUAAAAUCAAAUAUUCACUUGCCAAAUACGGUAGGAUAAUGUGUGUUUUGUGAAUGUUCUCAUGCAGAGCACAUGAUUGUUUUACAAAUGUAAUAGUGUUGAUGUAAAAUAUGUGGAAUGUUCUUUUUUUUUUUUUUUUUUCUUCAGUUCUUGCACCAAAGCAAUAAGUGACGUUUAGAACACCAAGUAGAACAGUUUCUUCUGCACAUGUGGUGCCUCUUUUGUGUGAAUUAAACACUAAUUAGCAGAAUUAAUGUAGAAAUCUAAAGUUCAGCCUUCGGUGUGAGUAUUUCAGGCUUUCUUUGGUCUCCUCUGCAGUUCUUUCACUUUUUCACUCUUCACUAUCGCAUGUUGCUCUUAUUUUUGUUUCAGUUUGACCAUGAACCCUUUAAAUCGAUGGACAGUCACAGGGUUUGCAUGACAAUUUUGUUUUUUCCGCUUGCAAAAAUUGUGUUAAAAGAAUGUGACUUAAUUCUAAUGUUGCUAAUCUGUGCAAUGAAUGUCUACACUACCGGCGGUGUUGAGCAGCUUCUUUGAAAUAGUUUUUUGGUUGAACUGUGUUUUCACAUGAUUUUUAAAAUGUGUGACGUGUUGUUUAUUUUCCAUUGAAGCAUUUUUACUGAAGCACUUGCUGUACAUAAAGCCUUAGAGGUGGAAUACAUGCAAACAUUAUUAAAGCUUAUCAUUAUGCAUGGCUGAA